AACAAGGUUAUUUCCCUGGAGGAGUUCCUCAACAGGAUGCCCAACAUCAGCAACGGGAAAAGGACUUGCGCGCACCUCAGACAGAUCUUCCAGACAGUGGACAAGAACGGUGACGGCUAUUUGACAACGGAAGAGCUAUAUGACGUCAUCAUGAACUCUGGCCGACCAUUCCGGAUGUCGAUGGUUGAGGGUGUCGUAGAGAAACUGGACAAGAGUGGCGAUGGACGCCUGAAUUAUGAAGAAUUCCUUAACGUGAUUGACUUGGCAUAGAAGUGCGCCUUUAAUAAGAACCGCAUACCUACUGUGACGGUGUUAAACGGUGUUCAUGUAAUAUAUAUGUGUAA